AUGAGGACGCCUACACUCACUCAGUCUUCUAAAACAUAUUCCACUGUCAAAGAGACUCUGGUCGAGGAUCAAAAGGUCUCGAGUCAGGCAAAGAGUAAGCACAUCUGUCAAGCGCUGACUACAAGACCUCCCGUGUUACUAUCCGGUACCGGGCAAGUACUCGCAAAUAAUGCAAUCGAACUUAUUUCACCAUACAUCCUGGUGACUCGGUUAACACGGCAGGUAGUUCGUUUCAAUGCGGUGAACGUGGAAAUGCUACCGGAUUGGUUGUACGCACAAGUUUUUCCGAAUCAAGUUCGAGAUUCUCCCCCCCAUGAGCGUGUAAGCAUAUCUAUACAUCACUUGGUGCAACAAGGACUUUACAAUAAGGAAACCGAAGAAUUUCCGCCCAUAAAUUAUUUCAACUUGCCGAAACUGUGUGGUGAUUCAAUAGCCGAGCAUUUUUGGAAAAUUGGAGAACAACAAGCGUACGAUAGCAGAGAGUUGGCGAAAAGAUUUGCCGAAUCAGAGCUGCCGGACAUGCCGGAGGAGGAAAAAUGGGUGUUCAAUGCGGGAUGGACGCGUUAUCGAGGAGGUGACAUGUCACCUGAGCCUGUAGAAUAUCCCGAGGAGAGCGCCCUAUGUUUCGAUGUUGAAACAUUACUUAGCGACAGUGACUACGCGCUCAUUGCCUGUGCUGCUUCCCCACAAGCGUGGUACGUUUGGUUAUCUCCGCGACUUAUAGAAUAUCGCGAUCGUUACUUAAAAAAAAUGGAAAGUGAUGAAAAGACAGAUUGCGAGUCGGUGAGGGCGACCGACCAGCGAAAACACAAAUCCGAUAAAGAUAUCGAAAUUGACGAGACCUCUUGUAAUGAACAUAAAAUUGGCAGCUUGAUCCCCAUAGGGAACUGUGACAAAGAAAGGAUUAUAGUUGGGCACAACGUCGGUUUUGAUCGCGCGCGCAUCAGAGAGGAGUAUCAUCGAGACAAAUCGUGUAAUAGAUACUUGGACACCAUGGCACUGCAUGUGGCUGUGAGCGGACUCUGCACUCAACAACGUCCGUCCUGGAUUAAACAUAAAAAAGCCACCGAAGAAAAUGACACAGAGUACUUAAGCAAGAAAAGUGACUUCCAGUGUGUAUAUGAUGUUAGUUCUAUCAACAAUCUUCGUGAUGUGUACAAAUUUCAUUGUCAAGAAGAAUUGAAUAAAUCCGAACGUAAUUUAUUUGUCGAUGGGUCUCUAGAAGAUAUUGUAAAAGAUGAAAAUUUACCGAGACUGAUCACCUAUUGUGCAAGAGAUGUGCGUGCAACUCAUCGGGUGUUUAAAGUAGUGUUUCCCAGGUUUCUUGAAGUUUGUCCGCAUCCCGUGUCAUUUGCAGGGAUGAUAUGCAUGGGAAACAUGUUUCUGACCACAAAUCGUGGUUGGGAUGAUUACAUCGAAAGCGCGGAAUCAAUUUAUCGAAAGCAGCUUGAAUCCAUUGAACUCA